CUCAUUUAGUGAAGAAGAAGAAGACUGCGCAAAAGCUCGUGCAUAGCUGCAAUUCACCGCCAUCUUGCCUACGGCCGUUACCACGCACUCCUCGUGCAUUAUAUUAGACGCUCGGCACAGAACUCCUUCUGGCCCACCAUAACCAUCUCAAAGCUGUUUCUUGGCACAACUUCGCCAAUCAGUGGACUCUGAGGUAUUUGAGGAAAUAGUGAAGCAAAUUCGUGAAUGUGUAUUUGUUCAUGUGGGACAAGCUGGCUUCCAGCUUGGAAACGCAAGCUGGGAGCUUUUCUUUUUAGAACAUUGAAUUCAACCUGAUGGCUGGAUGUUGGACACCGCGGUUGGAGGCAACGAUUUCGUCCAUACUUUUUUUUUUAUGAAUCUUCCGCCGGAGGAUGCCUCAUGCAACUAUGCUCGUGGACACUACUCUGUUGGGAGAGGGAUGCUCGAACUGGUCUUGGAACGUGUCCGUGAGCUGGCAGGUUUCUACCGGCGUUGUGGAACCCUACAACGGUGUCCUCACCACCCAUGCAACUCUGGCGAAUUUUGACAUGCAACUUGGCGAAUUCAUGGUGGACAACGACACUAUCUACGACAUAUCCAAAACAACUUGGACAUCGACUGUGCCGGCUGCACCAAUCUGGACAGGCUCUCUUGGACAGGUUGUCUCUUCCAUCACUUCGUUCUUGCUGUUCAAGGGAGACGUCAAUGUAGACGUGGCAGUUACCAACCUGUCGCCUUAUUCUAGGAUGCAUUUCCCCCUCGUCAGCUAUGGUCCGGUGAUUUCGGCCGAGAAAGAAUAUCACGAACAGCCAUCAGUGUUGCAAAUUUCCAAUGCCUGUUUUGAACAAGGAAACCAGCUGCUGAAGUGUGACCCCCGUAACGGUAGGUAUAUGGCCUUCUGCCUGCACUACCGAGGCGAUGUUGUGGAAAAGGAGAUUAAUGCCGCCCUUGCUACCCUCAAGACCAGGCGUACCAUUAAGUUUGUAGACUGAUGCCAAAGAAGUUUCAAGGCGGGUAUCAACAACCAGCCACAUACUGUGGUUCCAGGUAACCAAAUGGCAAAGGCUCAUCGUGCCGUUUGUACCAGCUCUAAUACCACGGCCAUUGCUGAAACCUGAGCCCAUUUGGACUACAAGUUUGACGUAAUGUAUGCAAAGCGCGCUUUCGUGCACUGGUACGUCACAGAAGGCAUGGAAGAGGAAUCAUUCGGAGACUUUGCUGUCCUGGAGAGCGACUACGAGGAUGUGUGUGUUAGUUUUGAUACUGAAGACAGUUGAGAAGAGUUCUAAACAUCAGUUUUUGCUCAAUGAAAAGUAUCGUUUUCUGAAAAGGUGUCCUUCUCAUAGAAAUAGUGAUGACAAUCCCAAAAUUCGCGGUCACCCCCCUGCCGGCGCACUCCGCCACUAUGCUCAGCCGCUUUGCGGGAAGCGGCCUUACAGGACGUG